AUGUUAAGAAAUGUUUUAACCAAAAUAAAUAAAUUUUGGAUAUUUAUAUCAUCUGAUUAUAAUAUUUUAUUGCAAAAUAGUAUGAAUAAAAAAGAUGGAAAAGAAAAGAAGAAAUCUAUUAAGGAUAUGGAUGUGCCAAUUCCUUUCGAUAAGAUGUCGACUAUGCAUUGGUUUCGACAAAGAGUGCAAUACAGUGAGCAGUUGAUCAAUGAGGAACAAGCUAAGGAGGGAUUGCAAUCCGAUAUUUUCAAUGGGGUGCGUGUCUAUUUCGAUGGACACACCGAUAUGAUAUCGAUCAUACAUUUGAAGAAAUUGGUACUCAGUCACGGUGGAACUCACAGUCACUACAAAUCGACUUCUUGCACACAUAUCAUUGGAACUGCCCUAUCACUGACCAAGGUUGAACACAUGGAACAUCACGCUCGACAGAAACCAAACCUGAGAAAAAAGAUUCACCGUCCAUUCUAUGUUCAUCCCAAUUGGAUAUUAGAGAGUUGCAGGCAAAUGGUUAGAUUAAAUGAAAAGGAUUUUCAAUUAUUCCAAUCUAUUUCAUCAAACAGUGGUGAUAUUACUAAAUAUCUGAUAAGUGAAAGUAGUAAUAUAGUUGACAACUCUGUUCUAAAGAAAAGACAAUAUGGCUUGGCAGACUAUAGUAAAAUGAAUGAAAUCGAUGAAUAUCAAUUGGUCAGUCAUUUGAAAAAGAAAAGAAUGGAAAUAGAUGGCAAUUACUGUCAAGAGAAUGAAAAUUUGGAGAAAGAAGAUGAAUUUGUAGAUUUUUAUAAACCGAGGUUUUCAUCUUUGGAUUUUAUGAAGAAAACUACAUCCAGCACAACCAUUGUCCAACAACCAAUUGAUGUAAAUCAAGAUAAAGAGGAAGAGGAAGAGGAAGAAGAAGAAGAACAACAUGUUUCAACAAUUCAACUUACACCACCAACAACAUUUUUUAAGAAAAUACCGAGAGGACAAUCAAAAGAACUCUGGUAA